GCAAUGUUAAUACACUUGUGUGCGUUAACAGUGUUAGCGGCAGAAGUGUACAGUGAAGUGACUGUAGAUCUGGAUUGUGGUAAAGUCAGAGGAACAAGGAACGAGACUCAAGUGGGAGAUGUGCUGGAGUUCCACCAGAUACCAUACGGAGUACCCCCAGUGGGAGCUAGACGCUGGACUCACUCUAUUCUCCUGGAGCCUGGGGAGACAGGACAGUGCUGGGAGGAGGAGGUCUACAACGCGGCCAGUCCACAGGACCCCCCUAUAAAGUGUGUGCAGUACUGGUCAGGUAGUGUAAAGGGGCAGGAGGAUUGUCUCCACCUGUCUGUGAGGACACCCACCCUGGACCCCUCCUCUCCUCUCCCCGUUCUAGUCUGGAUACAUGGAGGUGCUUUCUGGAGCGGCUGGAGUGAUGACAAGGGAUACGCACCAACUGCUAAUUUCACAGCAGACCUAAACGUAAUUACUGUCAACAUCAACUACAGGCUGGAUCUGAUGGGCUUCUUCUCCACCCCCGAGAUCUGGAACGACCCUGAGAACCCGGGAAACUACGGUAACUUUGGGAUAGGAGACGCUAUAACAGCCCUGAAAUGGGUGCGAACUAACAUCGCACAGUUCGGAGGAGACCCAGAAGCAGUGACAGUAUUAGGAGAGAGUUCAGGAGGAACUAUAGUUCUGGGACUCCUGGUAGCUGACCAGGCAGACGGUCUGUUCCGGACAGCUAUAGCUCUCUCUGCUCCAGCAAAGUGGGUUUCAACUUACCAGGACGCGUACGAGAGGAGGAGGAGUUUUGUGUCGGAUGUUGGGUGUAAUCAGAGCAGUGAGGCGGAGAGGCGACAGUGUCUGAGGGAGAUGGAUGUGGAGAGUCUCAUAAAACACGUGGAUCUGAACAGAGGCUGGGGUUUCUAUGACUUCCCUUUAGCAGCAGGGCUCCAGGGAGAGAGUGUGGACUACAACGUGCUGGAACCCACCCUGAUUAAAGUGUCUCCCACAGAGCUUGGUAGGAGGAAGAACACGGCGAAUAAGAGAGAGCGAGUAAAGCCCGUAAAGGUAAUCCUGUCUAACACUGCACAAGAAGUGGGAUAUAAUUCUCUUUACUACGGACUUAAUCUGGUGGACACCUGGGAGAAGGCUAGCUCUCUGCUUAGUGACAGGUUGAUGAAGUUGGAAAAAGAGACAGGCUUCAGAGUGAGAGAUGGUCUCCAGUCAGCAAUUGAGGAGAGGUACAACUUCGGGGUAACAGAGGAAGGCAAAUGGUGGCCUCAGCUUUACUUCGACACCCUCGUAACCGACAUCAGAACAACUUGUAUCACUAACGACCUGACAGAGGACCUGAACAACAACCCACUUUACGAAGCGAGAAGAAUGUACGUUAAGAGUCGACCUGACGAGAUCAAACGAACCAACUCCAUCUUACUUCCGUACGAGACGAUACACGGCUGGGACACAGAGGCUCUGUUCGGGUACGGCUGGUUCAAAUUGAACAGCUCCAACCUGAGGCACCAGAGGAAGUUUGAGGAGAACUUGAGGGACCUGGUCCACUACUUGUGCUACGAGAAGGAGAUAGAGGCCUGGAACCAGGACAGUACUCUGGUGUUCGAGAACGAGGAUUUCCCAAACGCAGUAAAGGUCGUUAGAGAAUGGCCCCAGAUACAGGAGUGUAGAUUCUGGGAGAGAAAGGAAAUGUUGGAGUGGGGCUGGCAAAACUAGGAAUCCUGGACGAUUCAUCCUAAUUAGUUUAUUAAUUAGUUAAUUAAUUAGUUAAUCCUAAUGUUUAGUGGUUAGCUAGCUAAAAACAUUAUCCAGGGGUUUUGGAAGGGGCAAAAGUGUUCAGUUUUUCUAUUUCUAUGUUUUCCUGUUCACUAUUUACUAAUACUAAAUUAUU